AAGCGUUUCGCCAAUGUUUACAAUUGUUGUCGAAUCACGUGUACUUGUAUUAUUGCGCACAAAAUAGUACGCUUACAGACUGACAGAAAGAUCGAUACGAAACUCCGUUCAAUUCAUCACGGUAUACUAUUUUAUUGAUAAUAUAUAAUAAUAAUUUGCUUCAACAACCUAAAUGUAAAAAUAAUUCUUUUAAAUGAAGUUUUUAAUAACGAAAGUGAAAACAACGGAAGUCGGAUGGAUAUUAUGUGAGAUGCACUUCGGCUCCAGAAAAAACAAUACAAAUACACUAAAAAAAGACGUGUGGGGGAAAAUUUUCAGCUGGAAAAUAUUUGAAAUGGGCUCUCCUGGAAACAUCCUUGACAAAUAUCCCCCUAUGAGGCGAAGGAAAUGUAACUCUACAAAUUAUGGAUACGACAACGGCCAACAGCUCGCCGCGAUCAGAGAGUCGACGCGUGCAAGGAGAUGGGAGGACUACAAUAUCUCUAUUGGGAGGCGCGUUUUAAUGGCUUCCGGUUGGAUACUACAUGAGACUUUGACAGAUGGCGGGGAACAGUCAUCAACUAGAGAAAAGCCGGCAAAAAGAUGGCCUUUAAACAUUGACCGUUGAUUCGCGUGGAAUUCUUUCUUACAUACCACAUGACCUAUCUUUUGUAUUGUUAAAAUCAAUUCGGCUUGGAAUGCUCUUUAAGAAAACGUAUG